AUGGAAAGCAAGACACAUGAGAAUGAUCUCAACCUUAAGGCAACAGAGCUGAGAUUGGGGUUGCCAGGGAGAGAUGAAAGUGAUGAGGUUCAAGCAGUAGGGCAGCUGCCUAGUGCUCUUAACAAGAAGAGAGCUUUGCCUGAUACAAAAAGUGAAGAAGAGUAUGCAUCAAAGGGAACCUCUGAUGCUCAUAAGGAAACACCCCCUGCAAAGGCACAAAUAGUGGGCUGGCCACCAAUCAGAUCUUACAGGAAGAACAGCCUUCAGGCAAAUAAGACUGAGGCUGAGAUUUCUGGGAUUUAUGUGAAAGUAAGCAUGGAUGGAGCACCUUACCUCAGAAAAAUUGAUCUGAGGGUUUACAAAGGCUACCCAGAACUCCUAAAGGCCUUAGAAGUCAUGUUCAAAUUCACUAUAGGCCAAUACUCGGAGAGGGAAGGCUACAAAGGCUCAGAAUAUGCACCUACUUAUGAGGACAAAGAUGGUGACUGGAUGCUGGUUGGAGAUGUUCCAUGGGAAAUGUUCAUGUCAUCCUGCAAGAAGCUCAGAAUCAUGAAAGGAUCAGAAGCCAGAGGCUUGGGGUGUGGUGUAUGA